UAAAAGCGGCAGAUUUAUUUGUGUAUCUACCAGCUUGAGGUUACACCCCCUGGCUUUAGAUAUAACCUCUCAUAGUACAUUUACAACUAAUACUACUAUAAGUUUCAUAAAGCCAAUCGAAAUAGCUGUAAAAAAAAGAAAGAAAAAAAGAUUACUUUAUAUUGAUCAUUCUGUAUCUAUUGUUUGUGGGACAGUUACUACUGCUGGACUCGCUGGACUGUCGGACUACAGUAUCAACGUAUUGGAGUUUCAUUUUAGGGGAAACCAGUGCAUUUUCUGCCAAGUCCUCUCUGCCAGUGGUGCGGGACCUGAUCGAUCACUUUGACACUUCUAUUACCAUCUAUCACUUUUACCUCUGCCUCAAGUUGUUAUUCAUUUAGAGGAGUCGCUGUCACACACCAUGCCAGCGAACCAGGCCUUUGUCACCCUGGCCACCACAGACAGCUACUGUAUGGGGGCGCUGGUGGUAGGACAGUGUUUACGACGACACAGGACCACACGCCAGACUGUUGUGAUGGUCUCCACUAAUGUCUCUAGCCAGGCACGGGCUGCCCUGGGCCAUGUGUUUGACCAGGUCCUGGUAGUGGACGUGCUGGACAGUGGAGACCAAGCACAUCUAUCCUGGCUGGGACGACCAGAACUGGGGGUCACUUUCACCAAGCUCCACUGUUGGACCCUCACCCAAUACAGCAAAUGUGUGUUCCUGGACGCAGACACACUCGUGCUGUGUAACGUGGACGAGCUGUUUGAGCGCGAGGAGCUGUCUGCGGCCCCUGACCCUGGCUGGCCGGACUGUUUUAACUCAGGGGUGUUUGUGUUCAGGCCCUCUCUGAUCACCCACGGCAGGCUCUUGGAGCAUGCACGACAACACGGCAGCUUCGACGGUGGGGACCAGGGCCUCUUGAACACAUUUUUCAGCGACUGGCCUGUUAGAGAUAUCAGUAAACACCUGCCUUUUGUGUACAACCUCAGUACCAUCGCAGUCUACACCUAUUUGCCUGCUUAUCAAGAAUAUGGUCACAAUGCUAAGAUUGUCCACUUCCUGGGUUCGGUCAAGCCAUGGAAUCUACGUUCUAACUCAAAGACCAAUCAGCACACCAACAGCCACCUGGAAGAGUUUGUUUACCAGUGGUGGAUGGAGUACUCCUACUUACAUCACCUAUUAAAGACAAUGUCCCAUCAAGAACCUGCUGUGCCAAUCCAACAUGCUGGGCCAAAGCAACAUAGCCAGGGAAGAGAAGAAGAGAAGCCAAAGGCGAGAGAAGAAGAGAAGCCAAAGGGGAGAGAAGAAGAGAAGCCAAAGGCGAGAGAAGAAGAGAAGCCAAAGGCGAGAGAAGAAGAGAAGCGAAAGGGGAGAGAAGAAGAUGAGCCAAAGGUGAGAGAAGAAGAUGAGCCAAAGGGGAGAGAAGAAGACGAGCCAAAGGGGAGAGAAGAAGAUGAGCCAAAGGCAAGAGAAGAAGAUGAGCCAAAGGCAAGAGAAGAAGAGAAGCCAAAGGGGAGAGAAGAAGACGAGCCAAAGGGGAGAGAAGAAGAUGAGCCAAAGGCAAGAGAAGAAGAUGAGCCAAAGGGGAGAGAAGCAGUGUCGUUGAUAGAGGACCUCACAGAAUCAUUACUCCGAAAAGUCAAUCUGCUCACAGAGGAGAGGAAGAAGAGGCUUGAUUCACCCACGCAGCCAGGAGAAAUGCGUACCCAACGUCAGGAUGUAUCCACGGGGAAGGAGGGAGGAGCUGGAGACAGAACAGCCAACCAGGACCCACCUGGACCCAGUGAGGAAGGGUCAGAGGUCACUGAAACAGCCUUCAACCCCAUGGAGGACCCUGCCACUGAACCUACUGCUGCCAAGACAGAGGAGGAUGAGCUGGAGCAGCGCAGGCUGUGGGAGGAGGGCCAGGCUGACUACCUGGGCAAAGACGCCUUCGACAACAUCCAGGAAAAACUGGACCGAUUCUUACAUUUGUAGCUUGUUUUGUGAGGCAAGAUACUGUAUAUUCAUGUUCAUGUUUAAGGGUGUUAUGUAUCUAGUGUAGGCCACCACUCUAAUAGAGGUUUCUGUGUCCCUUUGCUGUAAAAAAAAAUAUAUAUAUAAACUUGAUCUCAAUUUAUAAAAAAAUGUGGUCAUAGAAUUCAAGUUCAGAUGCAUUCCUUAUUUUGAUGUUAUGCUGGAAAUUUCUGGAAGAUUUUAAAUUGUCUUUAUGUUGCCACUAGAGGGUACUGUGGCUUUUUAAAUAAAGCACUUUUCCUGGUCAAAGUUAAAGUCACACUCAACUCCAACAGCCCUAUAGGGGUCAUGAUAGCCUUGCAUAGACUCCAGAGACUACGGAAACUAGGGAAAGAAUAAGUAAUAUUGGCCUCAGGGAUCCUAUUCAUACAUGUUGAUGGAGCAAUAUUAAUCUAUAGGCUUGUACACCACUAUUGUCCAAGGAGAGAAUGGUAACCCUCACUGUGAGGGUCUGGGAAGGGCUGUGUAGGCCUACCAAGACAGGAGAUAUAAGGUCAGUACAGAACUGUUAACGCUAUCCUGAAAGACUAAAUACAACCUCAAACUGAAUAGAAUAAUAACAUAUUCCAAAACGUAUAGGCUACUUACAGUAACAAGCCCACCUUCCCAUUCCACCUUCCAGCUCACUAUCUCUCUAGUCCAGUCUGUUCCAGUCCAUCAGCAGCAGCCUUAUGUAACUUAAGGCUGCACUUAAAUGGACUAAUCAGCCACACCUUUAAAUCAGGCAAGUGGAGCCAUCUAGCUGUAUUCUCUACCAGUUAUUCAAUAGCAUUGACAUCACACAAUGACCCUCCUAAAGGAUUUCACUACUGCCUGAGUCUAUUUGCUUUGACCAUCGCUUUUAUUUGACACCCAGAUGUUUUCUCAGAAUUCCAUAGCUUCGCUGUCAGGUACAUUAACUGUGCUAUCCACCUAGCCAGGUGGAGAAUCUAGCAAACUGCAUGCACCGUUAAAAACAGGAGCUUCAGUUUAGGAGGGUGGAGGCG